CAUACGCUCAGUAUACAGGCCGCGCCAACGUACGUACGUCUAGUACGGCAGUUUCAAGGAGCUACAUGAAGCGGCGUUGAGAUCAUUCAGAAAUCGUACAAUGGCUGUGAAUUAUGCAGGAACAAGUUCAGGUUCGCGUGUCGAGGACCACAGGAGAAAGUGGGACCGAGAUGAGUAUGAGAAGCUGGCAAAGGAACGUUUGGACCAGGAGCUGGAGGCUCAGGCAGAGAAAGAGCGGAGGAGAAAAGAGCCACCUGUCAAGCGUGAGCUUCUCAAACAGCGUGAUUACAAGGUAGACCUUGACUCAAAGCUGGGAAAGUCCCAGGUCAUCACCAAGACAACGCCUUCCUCACAGAUGGGCGGGUACUACUGCGAUGUUUGCGACUGUGUUGUUAAAGACUCCAUCAACUUCCUGGAUCACAUCAAUGGCAAAAAACAUCAAAGAAAUUUAGGUAUGUCAAUGAACGUGGAGAGGUCGUCCUUAGAUCAAGUCAAGAAACGGUUUGAGAUGAACAAGAAAAAAGUGGAAGAAAAGAAAAAGGACUACGAUUUUGAAGCAAGGCUCCAAGAACUGAAAGAAGAGGAGGAAAAGCACAAGGCAUAUCAGAGAGAGAAGAGGAAGGACAGGAAAAGGAGAGCUGAUGAUGGAGUGAUAGAUAGAAUAGAUCCGGAUAUGGCCUCUAUGAUGGGUUUUGCUGGAUUUGGUAGCAUUAAAAAGAAGUUUUGAUGAUUAUCUCCAGAGCUUAACACUGCAGAAUAUUGAAAAGAGACGAAGCAAACACUACAGUGGUGCCAAGACCCCUUUCUCACUCAUUUUGCUUGACCGAUCGACUGGCCUGCUCCAGAGGUACGGUUCAUUUGGUUUCACACCCAUCACAAUUUUUACCGUGAUGAGACACAUGAUGCUAUGGCAACAGGAACAUUUUCAGCUGCUAUGACAACACAGGUCAUUUUCGCCUAGAAUCCAACUGAAUGUACUGCUGUUUGUCUCACACAAUUACUACUUUUUUUCCUUUUCAUAUUCUCUUCUAUCUUUCACUUUAUUAUUCUUUAUCUUUAAUAUUCUAUAUAUAAGAUUUAUUGAAAUCAAAUCACAUAAAAAACCAAGAACACACAGUUCGAAGACUGACACCUGUCUUGGGAACGAUAUCAAAUUUAAAUCAAGUAUACGUAAUUAAAUAGCAUAAAUGAAUACAUAAAUAUGUUACACAAGUUAAAAUAUGAAAUAAUAAUAAUAAUAAUAAGAUAUUUUUAUACCGCAAUUGCAUAUUGCCUCUAAGCUGUUUAAAACAACAAUAACAACAAUAGGUAUACCUCAUUACAUUUACAUCAAUAGAGGACUCUUGAGCUGUGCAAUAAAUAUCAUCUUCUCUUUCCAUCUUUCCUUAUAUCAUCUUGUCUUCUAUCUUUCCUGUUGCGAUUCUUUGUCAUUUUCUCUUUCUAUCUUUCCUCAUGUUAUUCUUUGUUUUAAUGCCUCUGCCAACCAAAGGCAUUAUGUUUUCGGGUUGUUCGUCCGUACAUCCGUCAAGCUUUCUUAAUGCGACAUCUCAAGAACCACUUGAGAUAUGAACUUCAAAAUUGAUGACAAUCCGAUUUGAUUUUGGCAGAGCUGCCAACCAUUACGUUUUUCCCGAAAUUAUUCUGUUUUUUUCUCAAAAUGAAUUUUUGGUGCACAAACGGCACAUCAACCAAAUGCCCUAAAAUGUUGAUCACUACUUCAAUAGAAAACUUUAAUAAAGAUUAUGAAGAGUACAAAUUUAAAAAAUAAAGUAAAAGAUAGAAGAAAAAAAAAGUGAAAGGCGUAAAUAUUCUCAAAAAGAAUGAAAUGCUGAUAAACCAAUAACACAACAAAAAAUUGUGUCGCGCGUAGUUGUAAGUUUAGUUUUAAUGAAUUCCUUUUUUUUUUUUGAAAUUCCUUUUUUUUUGCCAUCAUGGCUCCUUUUUUUGGGUUGCACAAGGUUGGCAGGUCCGUUCUGGAGUAACAAGAUUUUGGAGUAACUACGUCAAAGGUCACAGAAGUCAAUUUUUUAAAAAUCUAGAUAAAGCCUUGUUAUCACGAUAUCUCAAGAACCACUAGAGAUACAAGGCUCAAACUUGGUGAUAGCAUGUAUCGACAUAGGAAGAUAGCCGGAUUAGAUUUUGGUUUAAAAGGUCAAAGAGGUCAAUCUCUGAACUUACAGAUUUUAGCCUUGCUAUUGCGAUAUCAAAAGAACUACAAGAGAUGGGCUUUUUGUGUUCAUUAUAUGUCACAAAUAAUUCCAUCCAUUUCGUAUACUGAAUUUAGAGUAGAGGCAUAUAGGAGGCGCAGUCGCAUUUGUCUUGUUCCUUCUCUCAUUUCAUCUUUUUUUUCCUUCUUUCACCUCAUUUAUUCUCUCCCUUUGAUAAUAUUUAUCGUUUUCUCUUUCCUUUAAUAUGUGUUUCUUUGUUUUUUCCUCUCAUUUUUUAAUCAUUCUAUCUUCCCUUAUGAUACUUUUUGUUUUUUAUCCUAUCUUUUUUUCCAUCCUAUCCUCUUUUUUUCUACCUUUUUUAUGCUAAUCUUUGUCUUUCCUUAUGUCAUCAGUGUUUUUUUUCCAUCUUUCAUCUCCUUGUCCAUCUCAAUCUUUGCAAUUGAUUCUCUUUGUGCUCAGUCUAUUGCCUUCUCUACUUGUCUUUUCUUACGUUCUUCUGAAUCUUUACCAUUCUAUCAUCUUAUGUUUUUAUCUUUCCUUAUGUUAAUUAUUCUUUGUUUUUAUUCUUUCACUGUAAUCUCUUUCUGUCUUUCUUUACUUUCCAAAACGAGCUAAAUUUUGGUUGAAGUACGCUUCCUGGCACCGUUUGCUUUCACACUGCUAGUUAGAGUACUCUAAGUUAGACUGGUCCAGGAAGUGAGUGAGAAAGGGCAUCCAAGUUCAGCGGAAUGAAAGAUUUCAAUCUGUCCUUAGACAUGAUGAAACAUCAGUGCGAGAAUUAACAUCUGAUAUUUUGAGUAAAAGACUUUUUAAAAGAAAAUUUUUUCUUCUCAGUUCAUGUACCCAAAAGGGGAGGGGGGAGGCCGUCAAAGUAUGUAUCUGGCCAAUCGAAAUAAUCUUUCACCUAUCUGGGAUCUAGCUUGUUCAGGCAAGCUUGCGCCACAUAUUACAGCUCAGAGUCAAAUGCAUACCUGCCUUUGUUAGAAAGUGGUAGAUAAGUUAAAGAUAAACAUUCAUUAGGAAGAUUAAAUGAGAACUUACCUGUUUGAAAUUUAAUCUGGAUUUUAUAAGUUAGUCGUAAAGAGACUACAUGUCCGAUUGGGGUGUAAAAUGAGAUCCCGCUGAUCACGUGUGUGUCAAUCUUACAAGCAGUACGAGGCUACAGGAUAAGCAUAGGAAGAUAAAUGUUGAGAACUUGUCUGAUUAAAGCUACGUAAGUCGCAGGGUGGGAGGGGAGGAUUACAUGUUCGUGCUAUCACCCAUCGGCACGCCUCGGGGCGAUAGCACGAUCAUGUUACCUCCCCUUGAGCGUAUAAAAACAACUAUGUCUCUCAUAGCAGUCAUUAUUACUAUUCUAUGUUAAAGAAAAUAAAAGAGAGGUUUUUAUUCUAUUGGUAAGGAACAUACAUUCUUGUGAGCUUCUUUUUGCAAUGACAGAGUCAUUUGCAGAGUCAUUGCCCCAUUUUCGUUUGCGUUCUAAACUUUUCUUCUUCACCAAAAUCCCAUUCGUUUUGCACAUAGUGCUUGUGAACCCUACGUACACGUAGCUUCCUCUAUCCAGAUUCCUAUCAAACUUUGUAGGCAUAGUCUUUAUCAUCCCAUCAAGGUCACCCAACUCUUCGUUUUCCAAAAUCACUCAUGCGAGACUGUAGAGGUGCCAUUUUUCCAUUUUGGGCUCUUUUUUUAGGCCUUUCUUUUACCCCAUCCAUCUCCACUAUCUUAGGUGCUAUAGACUUCUUUCGAAUUGCUAUCAACCUGUAUCAAGAUUGGUGAUGGCAAUUACGUACGUCAUUGUAUGCACAUCGUUCUAACAUGAUUACAGUUCUAGUUUUUUCCUCUUCUACUUUAAUAUUUCUAAUUGAGUACUGUCAAUUGUAUUGUAUUUAAAGUAGAUACAACUCUAAAUAAUCAUGAAAAUAAGUUUCUGGUUUGAGUAAAAUGCCAAGCAUUCUACAGGAAAUCAUAAGUUUUGAACAAACUGAAAUGAUCUUGUGCAUUGCUUAGUCACAUCUCUUCAUUCUUUCUCCAUGCAACAGAAAUGGUACCAGAUCUAAUAUGACCUGGCAUAUAUUUUGAUUUCCGUAUUUAUUUUUCAUUGUUCCAAAUUUACCUCAAUACAAAUUUGCUGUAACAGUGAUUUUUAUAAUGUGGUUCCAUUGAAUUUAGUCAUCUGGGGUUUUAUAUUAAAAUAAUGUGAGAUGACUUUUUAUUGAAAUCGCGACUUUAUUAUAAAUUUGAUUAAAUUCCUUUUUUAAAGAUAUGAAUAAAACUAUUUCUUAGAAAAGAAUGAGUAUUUAAAUGUACUUUAUUUUGUUUCAGAAUAUAUUACCCAAGAUAACACAGUACCCACAAUGUGAUUCUCUUUAUCUUUUCUUGUUUGUAAUCGAUCAAUGUCAAAACUUUGCAUUAUACACUUGUAACAGGAUAAACUUCCUAACCUUUAGAUAGAAAUAGUUUUACAGUAUAUUUAAAAAAAAUGACCAACUGACCACAGAGAAAGCAUUUUCUACUACUUUUCAUAUAAGAUACACUCGUAACCAUUGUUAUACUACUUUUACAACAGUAAGAACACAUAUAUACUUGUUUGUGCUGAGUGAGUUAACAAAUAAGUGUUAAUGCAUUUUUCAUUUGAAAAUUUAUUCUGAUUCCACAAUUUUAUAUGUUGCCCAAGGAAAGUUGAGAUCCAGCAAUGCUUGACUGGAAGGUUAUUUGAUGUUAUGUUUUCUCUGUGUCAUUCGACUUUUUGUUGAUAUUUGCACAUGUGGUAGUGAAUCAUGGCAAUAUCUAUGUUUGUCAAGUUAAGAACUAUUGUUCAUAUUAAAUGUAAAUGUAAAUACCUGUAGAAUAAAAGUAAUAAUUUAAAAUAA